GACUACGAGAGGUGGUACAUUCGCCAUGACCCCGGACCACGCGAAGCAGAAGCUCGUGCUUGGCGCAUGGAUCGAAGAUAGCUUUGCGCGCGGCCACUUGCGCAGCGUGAGCGAGUCCAUCGUCUUCUGCGCCGAGCACAUCCGCGGCUUCAGCGAGAAGAAGCCCCGCAGCCAGCGGGCAUGGGUCCUGCGGGCGAUCCGGUCGCUGGACCUCGAGGAGUUUGUCAAGCUCAACAAGCCUUUCAAGCGCCCGCCCGUAGCCGACCUCGAGCUCGAAGUCUCGGAGAUCCUCGUUAAGAUGCACGACGGGCAGGCGAGCCUACCCGUGUCAUGGUGCUCGCCCUUCGUGCAGGUGCUGCAUGCGCUUGCCUCGGCUGACGCUGCACAGAGCCAGGCGACGCGCACGGACCGCCCAAGACUCGACACCCUUGCCUCGCCGCCGCUUCAGCCCCUUGCGCCGCACAUCGAUUGAAGAUGCUGCUCAUGCAAUCGCUUUUUCAUGCCAUCUUUUAGUACCUUAAUUAAUAAUCACUUCUAUCGCAC